AUGGCCCGAAACGACGUCCUAGUUUCACCCUACUACCGCCCAGAUUUGGUGCAAAUUGCUACAAUAAUCGAAAUGCUUUCAUUGAUGUGUCUGCUCAUCGCUGUUAGUUUCUACCUGCGGAUCGCAACUCGGCGAGAGUUUUGCCACCGGAACCUGCUUGUCCUGUUGCUGGGCCAUCCGUGUGUUCACGUCUCGAUUAUGCUACUCCGAGCCCUUCGUCAUUUGCUAUUUUUCCUGGGAUACUUGGGUCCAAUAAGCUUGAAGAUUAUCAACUAUGUAUCUGAUACAUGCGUCAGCACGUCGUUCGUCAUCGUCCUCGGAUACUCGAUCGAACGCGUAGUGGCUAUGUAUUACGUGCAUACCUAUGAGACAAUGUGGACGAAGCGGCCGACGCUUGGCAUCGGGCUUUUUCUUUGGUCGAUUUGCUACUCCGCGUUCCUGAUUGGACUUUGGCACAUGGACAUCCUGAAAAACGCGAUGGCCUAUGGCACCCAAAUGGUCAUGUUCGCGUUGACAACCUUGUUUUUCAUCUACCUUCGAGUGCGUAGCGGGAGGAUCUAUCGGGCUGUCGCUGAGAAGAAGGAUUCUACCGUGGAAGAGAGAUACCUAUCCGCUCGUAACCUGAAAGCCGCGAUGCUUCUGAUGCGGUUGGCCCCGUUCAAAUGUGUCACCAACUAUUUCUCGUUCGGCAUCUACUUUUGGUGCUUUGAGAUGAACAGCCCGUAUUAUUUUCCGCUAUAUAGCGCUAUCUAUUAUACGAUUAGUCAAUUACAGUUGUACGCGCAGAUGCUGUUGACCAUCUACGGGCACGAGGUGCUGAAGGAGGAAUUUAUGCUCUACCAGAAGCAAUUCGAAUCGGCCUGGGGCCCAGUACCGGAAUCAGGCCCUAAAGGCGUUAAACAAAAAUACUGGCUCUCAAAUAAUCGUGUUAAUGUG